AUGGAUAAGUCAUGGAUGCAUGCUGAUAGAAGGUCAAAGAAGUUUGAGCUAGGAGUAGCAGAGUUUCUCAAGUUGGCCGAGUCUAAUGCCAAUAACAAAAACAAGAUUUCUUGUCCUUGCUUGAAAUGUAGUAACACGAAGGGAUUUUCUGUUGGAGUUAUUAAGGAUCAUAUAUUUUGGAAUGGUAUUAAUGAGAGUUAUAAGCAUUGGAGGUGGCAUGGAGAACCUACUACAUCUGCUAUGAAUGACAAUAGAGUUGAAUCUGAAACUGUAGAUUGGGAACCUGGGAUAGGGGAGAAUGUUUGGGGCUUUGGAGAAAGUGAGGAUGAGCAGAUUUCCGAAGACUCUAAUGAGUUUUUGAAGUAUGUAGAGGAUGGGGAUCAACCUUUGUACCCAGGUUGUACGAAGACAACCAAGCUGAAUGGUCUGAUUCAGACCUUCAAUUUGAAAGCAAAGCAUGGAAUGACCGAUGCUUGCUAUUCAGAUAUGCUUAUCAUGAUUGGGGGUCUGCUUCCUGAAGGGAAUCAGGUUCCUUUGUCUUUGUAUGAAGCGAAAAAGACACUUAGUGCUUUAGGGAUGGAGUAUGAAAAAAUUCAUGCAUGUCCUAAUGACUGCAUCUUGUAUAGACAGCAGCAUGCAGAUGCUCUUAUCUGCCCCAACUGUGGUGUUUCAAGGUGGAAAUUGGGUAGGGAUAAAACUGUGAAAGAAGGGAUACCAGCAAAGGUUUUAUGGUACUUUCAACCAAUCCCAAGGUUCAAACGAAUGUAUCAAUCGACCAACACAGCUAAGAAUCUUACUUAG